GGCGGAGGGCUCUUCUCCUCUCAGUUGUGUGGAGAGGUUGUACGGAGUACGGAGUAAACUGCAGAUGUUCGAGCUUUGGUGGGGCAAUGAACCGAAGAUCUCGUUGGCGGAGCGCAGGGCCCAUGUUGAACUCGUUAAGCUGUCACCCAGGAAAUUUCGCCAACAACAACAGCAACAACCAGCACGCUCAUAAACGAUCGCACCCCCGGAUUUCGCGAAACGAGUACUACCUUCCCCCUGCAAACAUUAGAUCGCCGCUUCUGGGACAACGCUGAGUGAUGUCUAAGCGCCAGGCGUCGGAGGCGCUCGACGAGCUCUCGGGCCUCGACUCGCCCGCGUCCAAGAAGUCGCGAUUCGACGACUACAACAAGAGCUUGACCCCGCUCAGCACGAUUGAGAACGGCGACGACCAGCAACGGGAACCAGCGCCGGAGAAUGGAGCGGGGAACGGGGACCGAGUCGAGGCGGAGGACUACUCGGAGGAGGAGGAUGAGGUAGAGGAACGAGCCCCGAUCAGGCAAUCCGCGCCGACAGCAGGCUACGACGACCUCUACCUCGACACCAUCGACCGCAACGUGCUCGACUUUGACUUUGAGAAGCUGUGCUCCGUCACGCUGUCCAACAUCAACGUCUACGCAUGUCUCGUAUGCGGCAAGUACUUCCAGGGUCGCGGACCCAAGUCGCACGCCUACUUCCACGCCCUCGACGAGGACCACCACGUCUUCAUCAACAUGAGCACCCAGAAGGUGUACGUGCUGCCAGAAGGGUACGAGGUCAAGAGCAAGUCGCUCGACGACAUCAAGUACGUGUCAGACCCGCGGUACACGAGGCAGGAGGUGGCCGAGUUCGACCGCAAGCCGCGCACCUCCUGGACCCUCGCGGGGAAGGAGUACACCCCGGGCUUCGUGGGCAUGAAUAACAUCAAGGAGAACGACUACCUGAACGUGGUCGUGCAAGCGCUCUCCCACGUGUCUCCUCUGCGCAACUACUUCCUCCUCGAGGACUUCAGCGCAGCCCCGGAACUCGUCAAGCGCACCUCCAUCCUCUUCCGCAAGAUCUGGAACCCGCGCGCGUUCAAGGCCCACGUCUCCCCGCACGAGCUGCUGCAGGAAAUCUCGCUCCAGUCCAACAAGCGCUUCACCCUCACCACCCAAUCCGACCCUGUCGACUUCCUCUCCUGGUUCCUCAACCACCUCCACCUCGGCCUCGGCGGCAGCAAGACCAAGCCCGGCUCCAGCGUGAUCCAGCGCAUCUUCCAGGGCAAGCUCAAAGUCGAGUCGCAAGCCAUCACCGCGCGCACCGACACUCAGCAAGACCGCCUGCGCUUCGAAGAGGCAGCCGACGUCAAGGUCGACAUCGCGCGCUUCCUCCUCCUCACCCUCGACCUGCCGCCCACCCCGCUCUUCCAGGACGAGCAGGAGCGCAACAUCAUCCCGCAGGUGCCGCUCACCACGCUGCUGGCCAAGUACAACGGGGUGACGGCGCAGGAGCUCAACGCGCAGCGGCGGCGCUACCGCCUGAUGCACCCGCUGCCGCCCUUCCUGCUGCUGCACAUCAAGCGCUUCAGCCACAACCGGUUCGUGGCCGAGCGCAACCCGACCAUCGUGACCUUCGACGCGCGCAGCAGCCUGGACCUGGCGCCCUUCGUCGAGCCCCCCGCCGAGGGCGGCGGGCAGGGCGCCGGCGGGCCGAUCUGGUACGACCUGGUGGCCAACGUGGUGCACGAGGCCGUGCGGGCGCGCGAGGACGUGGCGGACAGCGCCGUCGGCGAGGAGCGCAAGACCUGGAAGGUGCAGCUGCGCGACAAGGCCACGGGCGAGUGGGUCGUCGCGCAGGACCUGUUUGUGGAGAAGAUACGGAGCGAGCUGUUGUAUCUGGGCGAGUCGUAUCUGCAGGUGUGGGAGAGGCGGCGCGGGCCGGGUCCCGGGGAGAGCGAGAAGGGGAAAGGGAGGGGGUGAUGGGACCUACGUGGUAAGGAGUAGGGAUAAAGCGAUUUGAGAUACGAAAUACAAGAUGUGAAGGAGAAUUGUCUCAGGAGAGGAGGCCGUGUU